ACCGUUUCUGAGAAAUUUGUCACGGAGCGUCUGCGCAUUGCGCUGUAGGCUAGGCCUAUGGUGUGGCUGCGGCAGCAGCGGUUUAACUUGGUUGUAUGUUGCGUGUGGCAGUCUGUAGGCCUACUCAGUGCUUUUGUAAGAGGGCAGAAUUUGCAGUUUCAGUUUGUGAAAAUGAAACAAACGCCAUCAAUAUUACUGUGGUUUUUAAAGGUCUUGACUCAGACUCGUCUUUGGUUGUCUGCAGUGACGAGGGUACAUGUGAACUUGAAUUACCGUGGUUGUCCAGAUCUAAUCUAGAUAUCUAGAAUCUAGAUCUAGAUCUAGAUCUAGAUUAGGUCUAAAUUGUUUAGUGUGGAAGUCAAAAACAGUAGUGAACUGAAGGAUUUCAAAGUUUGUUGAGGUUUGGGUUUUAUCUCAGAGCAAAGUGUUCGAUGACUGUUGAUCUGUCGGCCUCCUGUGACUUCUGUCUAUGGGAGUUUCAACUCCCAGCACACACCGCCGUUCUGGGCCUGAGCCGCCGGGAGGAGGAGGAGAGACUAGGGGAGCUCUUACGGCAUUUGCGAGAGGUAUUGGACCACGUCACAGAACCUUCCUCCAAUGUGCGUUGGAGAAGCCCACGUCCUCUGAAAGAAGGGAACUCUCUGUUUGAUGUGUACAAGAAAUCAACCUUCUCUGCAGCCCCAAUAGGUUUGGGGGACAGUCUGGAAGCGAUCGGUAAAGAAAAGUGCCAGCUGCAGGAAGACAAGUCGAAGAACUCUAUAAAAGAAACUAUUGAAGAAGACUGCCCGCCGUCACGCCGAGAAGGGAGCUCGCUAUUUACUUUCAAAGACGGCCAGCGGCAGUAUGGCUUUAUGGCACUAGCAAGGCAAAUCGCGCAGAACGGUGAGAACGACGUGAGUGAAUGUGUUGGUGACUCUGGUUUUUCUUCCUGCGGACCCUGUGGCCCUGUGGUUUUGGACAGUGAGAUAGAGUUUCACAUUCUUGAGAGAAAUAAUUACGAGCUUGGGCUGAGCGGUUAUUACUACGACUUCAUGACGCAAGCAAGUGCUAUGAGGCUUUUGAAGAGGGCGCCCUUGGGGACGUUCCUGAUAAGAAACAGUUCUCAUCCGAAGUUCCUUUAUGCUUUGAGUAUGAAAAGUGAUCAGGGGGCGACAAGUGUACGCGUUUCGUAUUCUCAAGGCUGUUUUGGUUUUGAUGGAGAAGAUGAACGUGCAGAGCCUGGACGCAAGUUCGACAGUGUUGUCGCCCUUGUAGAUUACUAUGCAUCGGAGCAAAGGCUGUACGGGAAGAGUUUGACAAUGCAGGGAAAAUUUGACCGCAAGCCGGUCAAUAUUGUCUUUGUUCAUCCGCUUCGAAUGUCUGUAUCACGACUUGCGCACUUAUCAAGGAUCAAGAUAAACCAGUGCUUAAGUACAGAGCAUCUUUAUGAAAUGAGUAUCAGACAGUUACCUAUUUUGUCUGAGAAGGAGAUUUCUAUUUUGAGAGAAUACCCCUACAGAUUGUAGGAUGAGAGGUACAGACAGUUUUUAUUUCUUGUAUUGGGGAGGCAUUCCUAUUGCCUGCAGAAGCUGGUUUGGGUUUUUUGGAUUGUUGUUUUUUUUUGUUGGGUUUGGGUUUUUUUGCUGUGGCCGUACGUUAUUGUAAUGUUUCAUCAAAUGCUUGGGGUCAUGAUAAAGAUUCAACUUAAACUUUGGGAAAUAUGUAGAAGAUUGGAUACCCCCAUGUUGUUGUUCUUCAUGUUCUUGUUCUUUUUUGUUCCCUUGGUUGUCCCAGUUGUUGUUGCUACUGCCGUCCUCUCCAUGUUUCUGCCGUUGGUAUUGUUCAGGCUGGUAUGCUUGUUUCUACCACUUUAUUAAGGCUUUGCAGUUCUUUGUUGUUGAUUUGUGUCUUCUGCUCAUGCUUCAAAGUCAUCAAAGUAAUCGUUCAACUUUAAUUUAGUGUGUUUAUUCGAUUCUUUGUCAAAGAAAUAAACUUCGAAGUGGGCCGGGGUCUUUGUGAAUUUUCCAUUUUCAAUUUCAACACAGUUGAAUUAAUUAGCUCUAUAACUUGCAGAGAACAAACAGCAUAACAGUGAUCUUGGAUAUGAUGAAGAGAGUUUUAGAACACAGAUAGGGGUAGAUCAUCUCAAGCGAUAAUUGAGCUUCCAUCCAAGGAAUGCGUAAUGCUCCCUGGUGAACCAACAAUGAAUGCGAAAUGGUCUUCAACGUUUGCCUUGAAGACAGUCAGAUAGACAAAACGAUAGACAGAGAAUGCGGUGUGUUGGUGUGUGUAUUGUUUGGGGGGGGGGGGAGAAGACGAAGAA